CUGACAAUUUGCUUAACCCUGAGGUUGGCUUUCUGAAGGAUCAAGUGAUCGACCGCAACUGUGAUUGUUGUGAAGACUGGAUGAUCAGUUACCAUAACAUAUUGAAGGCUCAGAACUACUUCUAUGUCUUUGUCUCCGACUCCUUGUUUGAUUUGUUUAUUACCUUCUGCAUCGUCAUUAAUACAUUCUUUAUGUCGCUGGAGCAUCACAAUCAACCGGAGAAAUUGACUUUGAUACUUUCAGUGGCAAACUAUGUGUUCACAGCGAUUUUUGUGGCAGAGGCCUGUAGUAAAAUAUUUGGUUUAGGGAAGUACUAUUUCCUGAGCGGCUGGAACAUUUUUGACCUGUUUACUGUGGUGGCUAGUAUGUUAGAUCUGGCCCUGGAGAAUGCAAAGGGAUUGAAUGUGCUAAGAGCUUUCCGUUUGCUUCGAGUUUUCAAACUGGCUCAGUCAUGGCCAACAAUGAGGCUACUAUUGACUAUUAUUCUCAGCACGCUGGGGGCCCUUGGUAACUUGUGUCUUAUUUUGGCCAUUGUCAUUUAUAUUUUUGCGGUGAUUGGUAUGCAGCUUUUCGAAGAUGAUUAUGUAAAAGAAAAAUUUAUGAACAACAUACCCAGGUGGAAUUUUACUGACUUCUACCACUCAAUGUUGAUGAUUUUUCGAGUCCUUUGUGGGGAAUGGAUUGAGCCAUUGUAUGAUUGUAUGCAAGUUACUAAUGAACAAUGCAUGUUUGUCUUUCUGCCAGCUCUGGUCUUUGGCAAUUUCAUUGUGCUGAACCUGUUUCUGGCAUUGUUGCUAAACGCAUUUGCCAGUGACUCAAUAGACAAGCAUAGAGAAAGUGGUGCAGAGAAAUCAAAACUAAUGGAUGGGCUUUAUCGGUUGAAACAACUAAUAUGCUGCUGCUUUCCCUGCUGUAGCAGCAACAUGUCUCGCUUGCCCGAUGAUCCAUCAUCAGACACUCGGGAGGAUUUAGGCAUGGCACCAAAUGUAGAAG